UGCAUCCGAGCCAACACGGAUGGCUUUCGAAAAUCCGGAAGUAAACAACAAUUUGAAUUCGAAAAUCCGACCGCCGGAAGUAGUACCGCAGCAACGAGAGGUAAACUUGAAUGUUAUAAAUAUGGACGAGCGUAGUCAGACUUGGUUCACGCUCUUAGAGGAAUCUUCAGAAUGGAAUGAGAAUAGCAAUGCCUCUCAAGGCACUACCAAUCUGGCAACAUCAACAUUUAUCGGCAGCACACAAAAGCAAAAAGAUCUGCCUCUGCUCUCAAGAGUAUUAUUUAACAGUUACGGCCAGAUUCUCUCUCCAAUUAAAUCUGCAAACACUGAGCCAGUUCAGACAUUUGAGAAAACUGGAAAUCUAACCCAAUACACAAUAGAAUCCACUGACGAAGCAACAAUUAAUACAUUAAAAUCAAAUGAAAACUCUAUUUUGCAGAAACCAACUAAAACAAGGAAUUCUUUGACACUUGACACGUCCAGACCACCAAACUUCAAUGAGCAUCUUAAUGAGCAAAGCAACAAUAAUUGUUCCAAUAAUGAACUUGGAGCCACUGCAAAGGAUGUACGUCUGCAAGGCAUUGGCUCGAACCCUCUUACCAAAGAACCAACAUCUUUACAAUUUCCGUAUCCGAGUACCAAGUCAAUGCAAAUGCAGGUUUCCUCUUUUGAAAUGAAACUUUCAAAUUUACAAGGUGACAAAACUGAUUUGUUGAACCUGCCCCCUAAUCACAGGAAUUCUCUCCCAUCACUCUUUGAUCCAGUCUUGUUAGUUCGAACAGAACCUGUGGGACAAGACCUUUCAAAGUCACAUCGAUCUUUAUCUGCCCCAAUAUCAACAACUACAAAAGCUAACGAAGUAACAAAUCAGACAGUAAUCAGUCGUAAAAUGAAAGACGACAUCACCAGCUCGUUAAACCCAGUUAUAAUUGAUUCUUUGACAGACCAAAAGAUCCAGUACCAGAUUAAGGAUGAUCAUCUUGAUGGCAACAAUGAGAUUCCCACCAAUGCAGCUGAUGCAGCAAGGAGCGAUGCUAGUUCAACUAAUGCCACAGGACUCGGUAGCAAUUUGUCUUCAGUAACAGAUUAUAUGUCUGUUAAUGAUCGUUUAAAGUUGUUACCAUUGACAUCAAAUACUGUCAAAGAUAAUGAGAAAAUUGAUGAAGAUUUGGUUGAUGCUCAAGAAAACGCAGGAAGCCUUUUUGCACUUGAGAGUUACAGUGAAAGUAGAGAUCGUUUCUUGUUACUUGAAGGCCAGAGUAGUAACAACACAGUCUUUUCAGCAAGUAAUAAAGUUUCAAUGACUCGCAGAAGUGUAUUCGAUCCAUGUAUAAGAGAGAAUUCUGCACCAGUUGGAUCUGAGUCCAAUGGACAGAGCUUGAAUCCAGGAGCGGUUCACCUGUCUUUUAGCGACAGUGAUGAGGAACCAACAAACAGCCAAACAUUAAAAAGAGAUUUUGAUUAUUCCUUGCCUAUUGCAGAACAGGAACGAUUACUUCCAACUGGAGCCGAUUCUGAAUUUCUAGAACGAGAAGCUAAGAGCGGCAGGAUUAAGAAAUCCAGAUAUACUUACAGAGCAAAGAAGAAGAUAUCUGAUUUAGAAUCAGACCAAACAGAAAAUAUUUCAGAGGAAGUAGAUAGUGCACAGUUACCAAAUGCUGAUAAUUUACUGUACAGUACUAAUGCUAAUAGGUUUAGAACCACUACCGAACCUGAGCUUAUUGAAGCUAAAGAUUUUACAAGACCAAAUCCAGAUAUUCAGGGUAGCACAGAUGAUAUUUCAAAAUCUGUAGAUAAAUCAAACAUCAUUUCCCAGUCUUUAGACAGCUUGAAUGUUAACAAUCAUGCCACUUUUGAUGAUAUCAGUGGUUUAACGAAAAGCUUUGCAGUAAUAUCGAACCAGGUGGAUCGAAUAAGAGCAUCUAUUGAUUUAAAUAAACAACUCUUGGAGUCUAGAUCCUCUAAAGAAUUAGAAAACGAGGACUCUGUAACUAGAAGGUUUCUACAAAAUAGUGAACCACUUGAAAGAGGUUUAAAUGAUACGUCUGAGCGAUUCAUUUACGGUUCAGAAAAUUCUUCUUUCAAAAUUUCAGCCAAUUUAACUCAGCAGACUCCUUCAAAUUUUGAUGGGAAUAUUUUCUCUGGAGAAUCUUCUAUUUUAAAUUCUACCAGUAGUCUAAGGCAGCCAAAAUCUUCAUUGACUUCUCUUUUACAACCAAAAGAUAGCUCUGGAAAUGUAGAUACGGAAGAAGAUGACACCGAUGAACUUAUACGAAUGGCUUCAAAACUUGUGGAAUCAUACUCUAAAGACAUUUCAGAUGAUUCUAAUCAGACACAUUCUUCAUAUUCUCCACAUUCUGUUGUCAAUACCGAUACUUCUAAACAAACGCAUGCUGUUUCCGGAGAGAAGAAUGACUCCAGAUUAUCUAACAUUUUGACUGAGUCAGGCCGAGGAACAAUGCCCAGCUCAGAAGGAAUUGUCACUCCACCACGAACAAACUCUGCUAGUUUUCAAAAUAUGAAUUCUUCUUAUACACAUAAGCAAGGCAAAAUAAGCCCCGCUAAAAAGGAAUGUUGUAAACAAAAUGAAAAUGUCACUUCUGUAGAUUUAUCUAAUUCCUUCCUUGAAACUAAUCUGGCAUCAAGAAGCCAUUCAAGUAACUCAGCUCAACAAGAGAAAACUUCUGAAGUUUUGCUUCACAAAACUAAUUACAAACAGAAGAGGCUGAUUUCUACAUCUGCUGCUUUGUCUGGGAAUUUCCCAAACAUUACUUUAUCAUCGUCAUCAAGUAAAGAUUAUACUACACAGUAUGAUAGCAACUCAAGUAGGCUGUUUGAUUAUGAUGGUUCUCAAGAUUCGGAUUCACUUGGAAGGCAAGUAAAUAAUCUACUCUCUCGUACAGCUUAUCUAGAAAGUAAAACUUCAGCCUCGGCUCAUUGCAAGUCAGAUGUCCUGCGCCAGUCGUCUCAUGACAAACAUACGUCCUCUUUGCUUUAUGCUAACACAUCCGUGAAUUCCAACAAAAACUCAGAAAUAACUGAUGGUGCCUCUGCAAAAAGUCAAGACACAAGUUUCAGUCAACUGAAGCAAGAUCUUAUAGAUCUCCAGCAUGAUCUCAAUGAGAACCUGAGCAUAGAAAAAAAGCAGUUGGGAAUCAGUGAUAACUGGAGCCCAUUGAAGAAUUUGUCCAUUGAAGAUAGUUUCACUCAUUCAGAUAAGGAUUUGAUUGAUUUUAACGAACCAAGACUUCCAGCUGAAGACAACCAAGGUUCUUCAGGAUUGAUGCCAAAUUCAGAUUUGUCCAAAUUUGAUUUUAAGAAUUUAUCUCCGAGUGAGAAAAACACUUCACUUAGUCUUCCUUUGCCUCUGGCUAACACUAAGGAGGAGAAGAAAACCUUUGAAAGCCUUCAUCUUUCCUGGCAAAAUGAAGAUACUUCUCUGAAAAAUGUUAUCUCUUUUAAGGAGUUUUUUAAAUGUUCAGGGUCUUCCAAGAAUGAUAACCAAAAGUUACAGAACAAAUCAUAUUCAACAUCAUUCUCUUCUUCACAGUCCAGCAGCGUUCCAAAUAGUUCUUCAAGCCAAAGCCCUUAUAAUCAGCCACCAGCAAAUGAUAGCUUGGAGUUAAAAGAUGAUCUCAGUUUACGUGUAGAACGUUUAUUAUCUAAGGAAUCUUCUUAUGAUAUUCCCAAGAUGAGUUGUCUGCAGAAUGUUCGUCCCAAAGAGGGUUUUUUCCCAAAGGCCAGUUUUGAACUAAAUUCUUCAUCUGAGACCGAAACAGAACCCAGACUAAUGGAGGAUAAGUCUUCUACAAUAAUGCCAAAGUUAGAUAAAAAAGUCGAUAAUGGUCCUUUAAUAAAUCAGACAGCCUCAGUAGAGCCUCCCGAGGGUUUUGAUUAUUUUGAUCCAUUACUAAAAUCAAAUUCUGAAAAUAAAGUUCAAAAUGUUUCUAAAGAAUCGAUGAAGAUAAAUUCUUUGAAUGAAUCCUUGCAGAAACCGAAUUUUAAUCAACCACUUAUUCAAGGUUUAAAAGCCCCUGAUAAUUAUGUUGCAACAAGUCUAGCAUCUAAAAUAUCAAAUGUUUCCCAGUUAGUGGCUUCUGGCCUUCAUUCAAAAUCAAACAAUGACUUUACAGGUGUUAAUGGCAAGAAUAAUAAUUCAAAACCAGUUGAUUUGUCUUGUAAAGACUCAUUAUAUGCUACAGGUGAUUUGAAGAGACCUGAAGAUAUUAUUAGAAAUCAGUUAAACUCCCCUAAUUCUGAAACAAAUGAGGUUUUCCAGAAUCCAACUUGUGACAGUUUAAACAGUACCAAGUUCACCGAAGAUGAUGUUCGUAAAUGUCUUGAUUGGUCAAACAUGACAGAUUUUGAUUCUCCUGCAAAAGAACGCUGCCAAGACACUAACACCAAACAUUCGACGUUGUUUCUCUCAAAGUCAUCUUUAUCUCAAACUUUUAAUAACUUUGAUAUGGUUAACCCUGAACCAUUUCCGAGAAGCCAGGAAAAUAAUUCUAAGAACUAUAGCCCCUCCAAUUCAAAAAGUAAUCUGCCAAACAAACCAGCAUAUUUGUCAACAUUUAAGGAAACUGUGCCAAAUCCCUCAGCUACUUCUGAAGAUUGUGUUGAUUAUGAAUUCUUAAAACCUAAAGCUUCCCCCACAAUGCUCCAACAUACGGAAUUAAAUUCCAAUGAUAAUUCCUCUGGAAAUAUAACUAAUAAGAUACUGGAUAAAUACCAAAGUCCCAUAUUACACAGAUCUGAAAGUUUCCAAAAAUCAUCCUUUUUAAAUCAGUCUCUAAACGCUGAUCCUUCUGUUAGACCGCGUAGUUCAAUCAAUAGGUCUCACUCUCUAGAAGAAUUUCAGAAACCAAAAGUACCAUCAUUGCCACAGAAGAGAAACACCUACAGAACUAAACCCAAAAACUCUUCUGAAAUGCUAAGUAGUUCAGAUGAGAGUGACUCAUUGAAAAGGGAUCUGCAUAAGUUAUCAGCUGAUCUUGAGCAAGAUUACGAGAGAAGCGUGAAGCAUGGUCAGUUAACAUGCUCAUUGCCUACUAGAAUUGGUAUAACAAGUGAACAAAUGUCUGUUGGUGUCUCACCGAAAAAUCAAUACCCAUACUCUCUGCCAGCCUCGCUUAAUCCUAACAGGGAUUUAUUUGAAUUUUAUAAUAGCAGGGAGGAUUCACAAAUUCAAUCUUUACUUGCUAAAUAUGAAUUACCUAUGGAAAGUAACGUUGGGAGCAACAGCAAUAACUUUUCGCAUAUAAUUUCUGCACAUAAUUCAAAAACUGCAUCCUCAGGUGAUGGCCUGUGUAUAAACUCAAGACGCUCAAAAACACCAAGUGAUGCAAAUGGUCAGUCCAACAAACAUGAACCUGAGAACAAUACAGUGGAUGCUGUUGUUUUAGAUAACUUAACAGAUUCUGAAGAAGCGAAGAACAAUCAGGAGUCACCAGAUAUGUAUCAUAGCAGCAGCUGCGACCCAAGAGAAACCAGUUCCCAGAGCAAGCUGAACCCAUCACCAUCUGGGUCAGAUAGUAGUACCUUAUCGCAGAAGACUUGGACCUUGAGGCCUUACAAACCUCCUGGGUCUCAAGAUUGGUAUUACACUGGACCUUCAGGAUUUCCACCAUUUUCUGUGAGUGAUAGUGGCACUGUAACCACUGCCACAACUACGACAAUGGAAAGUGGAGACACAGGUUCUGAUGAUGCUAUUGGACCACAUAUUCAGAAAGAAUUCCUUGGUUCUCGGCCUGAUGGCCCUUCUAUACCCGGUAUUUAUAGUCGUGCUCCUGGUAAAAAGAAAGCUAACACAACUGACAACCCUUUGCUUUCAACUAUUCAAGAACGAUCUACAUUGAAUGACAAGGAUAAAAUGAAGACUAAAACCAAACCAGAAAUAAAAGAGAGCGCAUCCUCUUACAGAGAAACUAGGAGACACAGGGUCGACAGUCAGGAUUCUUAUUCUAGAUUUGAUUCAAAGAAGCUUUCGGAAUCAAACUAUCCAAAUCAAGUACAUCAUACCGCAACAAAAGUUGAUUAUGUGUCUUCUGAUCAGCUUGAAUCAUUCAGAAAAAAUUCCAGCUCAAAAGAACAAUUUGACCCCACAAAAAGCAGAGGCUGUCAGAGAUACAGAAACGUCCGUGAUGAAGGUCUUGAUCUACAAGGCCUUAAACAUAAGGAAACUACUGCGCACGGCAAACAACGAGAUGCUAACGGCUACAAACAAUCGUCUUUCGAAUCAAUGACAACAGUCGAGACACCCAGUGACUUCAGCACUGACCCAGAGUCAGCGACAUCGAGCAGCAAGACUAUAGAAAGUUCUCAUUUCAUCAGCCACGAUUCAGAUGCGCUUGUACUUGCUUUGGCUGAAAAUGAAGAAACUGGGAUGCAACAAGCCUGGGAAGAUCUUACCAUGACUGGUCACAACUUGCCUAAUGGGGAACAAGUAAUUUUUAGAAGUGAUAUGCGUGUGACUUACAAACCAACAGAACCGACCAAGAGUCAACUUUCAAGACAGGAUUCUUAUGGCCAGAGAAUUUCGCGAUCAGCCCAGGAACUUGACUUGUUGUGGCAGAAAUUUAAACAGCAAGCAGCCCCACCUUCUCCUGAGAACAGUCUUGAUAGCAGUCGAUUGGAACAGAUACAGCACCUUGUGAAAAAUCCGACUCAGGCAUUGGUGCGUCGUUCAAUCAACUUGUUGGAGGAAAAAAGACAGCAGCAAGCUGAAAGAGCUGAACAAAAUCUAGAGCUACAAAAGCAAUCGCUGUUGAAACAGAAACUCCAAGAUGUUGAUGAUUCUGCUCAGAGUUCGGUUACAAGUGGUGCCGACUCAGUUUACAGUCUUUCAGAAAAUGUUGAAACGAUGUCUGGUUCGUAUUGGCCUGAAGGAAGAGAUAAUGCCAGUAUUGCUUACAGUGGUUCCUUUGACCCAGUGAUUGCCAAACUGAGGGCAAAGAUUGAAAAGCAGCGUCGGAAAUGUGAGCUUAUGAAGAAACGAGACAAAGCCAGUGAAGAGAAAUUGCAUAAAUUAACCAGCAUUUUGGUAUCACGACAAAUGAAUGAUCUCAUUUUGGCUUCGGAAAUGAAUAGUUUGUCCACAACAUCCACUGCAACAUGCAUGACUAAUUCAACAAUGGAAUCAGCUGAGCAGUCUUCAUCCAAAAAGAUCCCUGUGUAUUCUCAAUGUUGUGGUAAAUGCAGAGCCUGCAAUGAAAGAUUGUGUUCAAAACCUAGGCACAGCUCAAGACUCAAACACCCUAAACGGCCAUAUCGAGUAAUUUCUACUAACCUCAAUUCAAAGAACACUGCCAGGAGCACUGAAUCAAAAUUUGGGACAUCGUCCCUAACUGCUGACAACCUUCCGAGCAAGCAUCAUGCGAAAGGUCAGUCAACUGAGGCACAACCGAUAGGAGAUGAUGGUCACUUUGUGGAAGCACCAGCUUUCAGUGAGGUUUCGGGGAAAAGAAAGCAUGUUAGAAAAGUCAUCCCAAAACAAGAUGCAACAACCAUGGUGCCAUCACCUCUCACUAUCUGUGAUGCUAACCGCAAUUAUUCUGCUAGCCCACCAGACACAAGCAAAGUAUCGGUAGCUGUGCAAACAUCUCCUAAUCUUGAAACUAAUACUAAGCAUCAAACUACUACUGGGUGUACUCUAUCAUACAGCAAAACAAGUAUCAAACCCACUACACCAGUUGAAAUCCAAAUAAUUCCUAAAUCCUGUCCUGCUGAAGAUCUCAAAGUUAUACCCGUGCCUUUCAUGUGGACUCCUAAGAAGCAGAAAUCAAAGAACAAAACCCUCCACCCACCUGACAAUCACUAUAGCAACCAGCAGAGGAAAUUAGCAGAGAAAGAGAAAAGAGGUGAAACCUGGUUCGUCUCCCUCUCCGAAACAAAUAUAAGCAGGACUGACCAUAAUUGUCGAGCAUCGAGCACUUCUAAUAGUAAACGAGGUCAGAGACAUGUCAGGAGUGAUUCGGCAGGUGUGAGGAAAGUGAGCAAACAUAAAGAGCAGAUACCUGUUAUCUUCAAUAACUCAUUCGACAGCCAUUCAUAUUCCUCACGGAGCAACAGACCAAGGAUAACAUUACAGGAGGCCUUUCAGAACUACAUGCCAACUUGGAUAUCAAGGAGCAGAGAACGGCAGAAGCGAAUCUUAUUGGCUGCACAAGAAAGGCGCUACCAGAUGCAGAUGGAAAUGGAACGCAACAAAAUCUUUCAGAACAAGAAACCCUCAACAACUGCAUCUGAAAAUGACCCCAUUUGUGAGAAUCUUUACAAGCCAAAGAAAAGAGCAUUUUCCAAACAAGAAAUGAAAGAAUUAAACUGGAAGCUUUAUAGAAAUCUUCCAGAAGUUAUAAGUCAAAAAGUUGAACAGACCCGCAAGAUUCAGUAUAAAUAUAACAAGACCAAAAGUCGUGUUUUUAGUAUGAAAGUACAGAAAAAUAUCUUGAACAAAGUCAGUAGAAAGAUAUGAAGAUAAAACAGAGAAACUCCACUUCUGGAGGGUUUGAAAUGUCCACCAACAGCCAUGUAAAUUAUAUUUAUAUGUGUAGAUAAAUAUAUUAUAUAUAUAUAAAUAUAUCUUAUAUAUAUAUAUGUCUGUUUGUAUUAUAUUUUCAAUAAACGUUUUUGUGAACUAUUCCAGAUUCGAUCAUCAUCAUCACCAUCAUCAUUUUAUAUCGAUUUUAUACUGGCAACCCACCACUAACAUCUUUAUCCCCUUUUCGGUUAUUCCCACCCUUGUAUAAUACUGGGUAGCCAUAUGUCGUCUUUUUAUCAAAACACUUGUGCUUGUCCAUCUAUUGUACUAUAGCCUCAUCACCUGACAUACAGCUAUAUCACCCUCUCAUAUUCCCUGACCCUCCCAACUUAGUCAAGGGGAGCUUUUUUUUCCUGUUCUUCUCCUGUCUUGCAAAUUAUGUGGUAACCUCACUUGUGCCAGUGGCAUGAAAAGCACACACACAGUACACGCUGUAAUUUGGUUGGUG